GGUGUUUAGUACUGUUCGGGAACGUCGUCAAGAUGGCCAUUUUGUUUAUUCCGAUUGCUACUUCUCGCUAGGACUUCAGUAGUUCGGAAAAUCAAUAAAAUUGUGUCCUCAAAGUGGUCAUUUCCGGUAGUUCAUUGGUCCGGGAGCUGCCAAGGCUCCGAUCGCAGUUAAAUCGAAGUGAAAAGUGCGAUUAUUCGACGGUAGAUAGAACUGUGACCCCAUUUUUCGCGGAGGGAAGUUUAAGAAGUGCUGAAGUUGAAGAUGGUGUAGGACUUAUUUUUUUCUCCCACCUCCCCCUCUUCGUCAAAUUGUGCAGCAGCAGCAGCAGUGUGGUGCGGUAUCAAGAAGCGAGAGAGAUAGAAAGGGAGAGAGAGUGAAUCUGUUUUAUUCUAGCCCCGAGACGUCGACGUUUUUGUCGGGUCGGUUGUCUCGCGGUGUCGUCGGGAAAAAAAAGAUGAAAGAAUGAAAAUUCGAUAAAAUUUUCCAUCGAACAAAAAAGAUACAUACAUCACUGUGCCCGGAGUUUAUGUGGAACAUCCAGAACGAGAACCCAGCGUGUAUGCAUGCAGAGACGCAGAAGCUUGAAUCGAUCAAAAAGUAUUCGAUUACGCAGAUGUCAAAGAUACGCUUGACAGGACGCUCGAAAGGAUACCAACAACCUCUACCAUCCUCUCUGUUUCACCCGUGUGCCCCGUGAGAGAGAGAGAGAGAGAUCAACGUGAACGCUGAGAGCUCGCAGCAAGGACACACCGUAGCGGCAGCAGUAGUGAGUGUGCACUCAGCGAGAACGGUAGUGCUACGGUCGGUUACGGGUGGUAAUGCUAUUUGCCUUCAAUAUCCUUCUCAUCACCACAGUGUGCACCAGUUGGUGAAAAGUUUAGGAGUUGGGAGUUUAGUGCUACAACAGCAGUUGCCUUCGAGACACAAAACGGACCACGACACUGGGAUAGAGCUCUGAACCGGAACGGACGGUGUCGAUCAAUAGAGGAGCAAUAACAACAACAAAAAAGUUUAAUCGGAGAAUCGGGUCACGCGUGUCAACUUCAAGGGGGAUUAUCUCACUUGUGUUCCGUGGGCUCCACACUUUCGUUCGCACGGGGGGACGGACGUCCCGAGCGGGUUGCGAUGAUAAAUUAAAAGUGAGAAUCAGUCCAGUUCUUCCGUUAUUAAGUUAUAUAUAUGUACGUUCCGUUCCACUCGACGGGUGAAUCGUUCGGCGCGGCAAGACAGAACAAGAAUUCGAGGAACGUUCCCGUUUCGAAAUACACACCGUAUCGACGUUUUCUAGUUUUUCGGUCGAACCGAACAUAGAAGUACGGGAAAGAAGAAGCAAAUAAUUAAAUAUUCCGCCAGUGUGUAUGGUAGAAAGAGAGUGAGUGCUCUGUGUGUCUAUGUUUCUUUCAUGUUCCGUGCCGUGCUGGCGGGAGGAAAGCACUGUAGAAUGAGUAAGCUUCUAUCUGGUUCCCGGUGUUUCUAGUCCUCCUCUACGCACCCCGCGCCGUUGCACGACCUUCCGAGAGCUGAUUUGCUUUGCUUGGUGGUUCGCUCUAUCAUUAGGACAGACGCGGCUCGGCUCGGCUCAGCUCAGCUCGGUUGUGUGUUCAGUGUUAAGAUCUGGAAUAUUAUUCUCCGGUCGGGAUCCAGUCCAGGAUUUGUGUGAGUGUUUGUGUAUUUAAGAGGAACGUGAAGAGCCCAGCCAGGAGUGUCAGGGGCUACAGAGUUCUUGUUUCUUGGAGGUGUGCUGAUGCUAAGUAGAAGAAGAAACAGACAUGUGAUAAAUAUGAGCACAGCGGUGUUCAGCUGAAGUUCUGAGGGCCUAUGCCUGCCUGCCUGCUUGCUUGCCUGCCUGCCUGGAAAUAGAAAGGUUGGGUGAAGAAAAAGGAAAAAUAAGUUUCAAGUGUUGUGUUUUAACGCCGAGCAAAAGAAGAAGCUGCGAAAAUGACGAAAACCUUUCAUGAAACUCGAAGAAGAUGUGCUUAGACAGUGUUUCGGAGCGGUUUUGCUCUAGUUUGGGAUAAUUUUCAUCAUUUCGGGGGUGAAAAUCGAUAAUCCUCUAGUUCUCGGGGCGUGGGUUCAAGUGGAGACCCGAGUGAAGUGAGUGUGUGCAGUUUAAGAACCUCUUGAAGAGGGGACGAGGUGCGAAAGUCGCCACCGCGCGACACAUACCAGAGUUUACAAUGCUUGCCGAAGGGACAUUGCACAAGAAAUACAAAAUCUCCUUACCGCUGGACCGUCCCGUUUGCCAAGGUGAUCGUAGUAGGAUCAGCAGUAGGAGUACUAUAAACGAACGAAAACAAGAAGAUACUUGCAGCAGCCUUAGUAGUAGGAUCAGUGAUAUCAGUAGCUGUCUACGGCUGUCGGAUGCUGGCUGCUCCUGUAGCCAGACGACGGCUGGCGGUGAUCCCUGUAGCACAUGUAGCAGUAGUAACAGAUCUAGUACUAGUUCCCGCAAAUCUGGCCGACGGAGACAGCUCCGACCGCCGGACACGGUGAAGAAGGUACGAGUGAGAACCUGUGCCGGUACCAACGCAACCUCCAGGUACGAACCCAGUCGAUCACGGAGGCCUCGAUCGGUGGCCAGCAGCUUCAUCAUCACACGCCGAUGCUCCUCCUUAGCGAUAGUGUCAAUUAGUACCGUUCUAUUGUUGUGCCACUGUGGACCAUCAGCAUUCCUCCUUAGCCCCAGUUGGGCCGUCCUACUCGAUGCCAACGGGGAAAGUGCCGGACCGGCCGGGGCUCCGGUGCAAGCCUUCGGCGACGGACUGGGCAAUUUUAACUUGGAACGAAGCAUUGCGGCCGUGUUUAGCCGGGUGGCGUAUGGCUCGACGACGACAACGAAACGCAGCAUACCGGACAACGUGUACGUGCCCAGUCUGACAACCGUAUCGACGCCACUGCUGACGACGUUUAGGUAUCGGGAAAAGGACAAGGAUUCGAUUAGCCUAGGCGGUGGAAGUGGAGCUGGGGCGCUGGAAGGAGGAAGCCUGGGAGUAGGCGGACGGGAACCGCACUACAACCAGCAGCAGAUCAGUGCCAACCAUCGGAACUACGAGCUGGACCUGGAACGGGAUCACGUACUGCCCACGUCGGCACCGAACGCGGAGAUCCUGAAGAGCAACAGCAACCCGACGUACCCGAAUCCGAACCGGCAUCACGGGCAUGAUCGGCAUCGGCACUCCAAUUCGACACCGUACCCGCAUGGUCACAACAAGAAAGGUUUCCCCACGAAUCCAAUGUUCCCGGCUGACAUCCCAUCGUACUCACCGCCACCGCGAGGAGCCUUAUUCAAGUCUCUCCUAAAUUCACGCAACGAUUCGAACCCAUUCGCGGAUAAGCCAACGCUGCGGGGAACAAACAGCGAUAGUGCGAUCAUCAACACCGGCAGCUACGUGAAUCGCCGUCCAUUGCCACCGCCUAGCCUGAUGCCGGGUCACGAGCGGAUUCCGAUCCGACCGGAUCUGACUGGGUCGGUCGGUCCGCAGAAACCGCAGGAUGUGGCAGCAGCUCUUCCACCACCGAUCAUGAGCAGUGGUGGACCCUCCAGCUCGUCACAAUCGAUCGAUGCCCAGCGGAAGAAGGCACUGAACACACCGUCGGAGAAGAGCAGCAAGCUGGAUUCGGCUAAAAGUUACGGAGUGGACAGUAAGUUCAUGCUGGAUGCGAAUGGGAACUCCAGUGCAAUACUGCCGAAUGGGAUGCAUUUUCCGUCGAUUUCAAGGAUAUUGAGUGGAUCGAACGGGCGGACGCAGACGAUUCCGGACGUGCUGCUGAGAUCGGUGACAUCGGCACCGAGGCCGAAUCAGCCAACGUUCGACUUGAACCCACCGGUGACGUCGCUGAGUAAUGCUAAAAGUUUAAAUAAGGGAAAUAACGAUCGAAGUGAUGAUGAGGGCGAUGAUUUCGAUGGGGGUAAUGAGAAUAGUGGUAGGGAUCAGGAUGAUGAGGAUGAUGACGAGGAAGAUGAUGAUGUUGUUCCGGAGAAGGGAGAGGGAAAUUUUUUCUCAACUCAAGCGCAAAGUGUUCAGACCAGUACGGUCAGCUCGUUGCUUCAUCUCUCUUCCUCGUCAUCCCCGAUCACGCAGAAGAUGCCAAAUCUGAACCUGAAAUCGGUGAUGAUCAAGGCGAAUACUAGCGGGGAAGAUGGACAGCUAGGUGGUAGUGGGUAUGGUAAUGAUAGGAACUUUGCUAGCGAUAUUGAGGACAUAAGUACGUGGACGAUCGCUUGGAACAUCCACGUGUAUCUGUCGGCGAUUUUGUUUACCAUUUUGGCGGUUUACUCGAUUUUCAAGAUCAUCUUUUACGAUAAACUCACGCAUCUUUUCUCACAAUCCUACUUUAUCAGUAUCCAUUUGAUCCUCAUAAUCAUCUGUUUGCUGCGGAUUUUCUACUUAUGCUAUGACGCUUACAAUAUCCACUUUAGCUUUAACCUGUUUACCUCGGAAUUGCUGCUUAACCUACCGCUUACAUUCCUUACGACCACUUUCGCGAUUUUGAUCCUGUUUCUGUUGCUGCGAUCGAUCAAUCAUAAAACGAACCGGUACAGUUCCAUUCUGCGUCCGCUGACGAUCAUGAUUGGGUCCGGGGUUCACGUCGGUCUGUGUAUAACCCUGCAUCUGGUAGAAUCGUACGAAAUGCAGCAGUUUUACCACAAACAAGCCCAGCUGAUGGCCGGUAACCGAGCGGGUCAACCCGGUCACGGUCCCACCAACAUCCAAAUCCCACCGAGAGUUCUUUCGCUGAUCUGUCAGAUCAUCUACAUCUUCAUCUGUCUAUCCCUUGGCAUCCUUUAUCUGUACAUGUACCGUCUGUUGAAGAGGAUUCUGCACAAAAGCCAGAACUACAUUCAUGGUUACAACAACCUUUCGUACGCGAUUCACAUCACCAUUGCCACGGCGUUAUUGUUUAUUCUGUUGGCAGCCCUGCAGAUAUACGGUGCUAUUAGUAUAAGCUCGCAGACCAAGGUCAAGCUGUCGCCGAACAACAACCUAAACGAUGGUUCAGCGAAAAAGACCCUCUGGGCUUCGCACAUCGAGAUCAACUGGUUCCAGUGGGGUUAUCAGUUCAGUUUACGAUUUAUUGAGAUAGUAAUCAUUGCGUUGCUUUCGUGGGUCACUGGACUGAAGACGGGUACGUCGAAGGUGAUCCAGCGGGAAAAGGAUAUGGAGCAACCGAAUGCCAGUGGUUUCGCACUGUUCCCAUGCACGUCGUCGUCCAGUCAGGAGAAUUUCGAAACGGAUUACCCAGCGGUUUGUAACGCAAAUACCAACCUACACACGUACACACUUCGAACGGGAAAGCCAAUCUACGAUGAUAACUUUGCGCUGAAUUCGUUGAAUUUGGAGCAGAACAGUAAUCAGGAUCUGCAGCUCGGUCCCGGUGGGAAUGAUUUCCAGCGAUCGAUCGAGACCAAUAGCAUGCGGUCGAGCUCGCACAAUUAUAGCAACAACUACAACAACAGCCAGCAAGCCGACCAGCACGAAGAUUUCAUGAACGAUAGCGAACAGAUGCCGGAUCAUUACGAGAACCCGAACUUUGAGUUGAAACAUCACCACCGAGGGCAACCUCAGGAGGGACCACAGUACCAUGACAUCAUGGAUAAUUGCUAUUCGGAACCGAUCAAUGCUCCGCAGUACGACACGAAGAGUCUGAGGGGAGCAGCGGGACCACCGGUGCAUGUACCGCAGAGUUCUAGGAACUACGACUUUCAGAAUUUCGAACGGCCGUCCUUCGAUCAGGCGGCUUCCUCGCAGUCAAUUUCCCGGGGUGAGUUCAGGGCCUCGAAGAACCUGAAAACUAUGAAGAGUGGCCAGGCAAGCUACGACGGUGCUAACACGAUGGGUCACCAUCACUAUAACCACUUUAACAACUACAAUGAUUCGUUCGAGCGACGGAUAGGUGUGCGGAAAAGUGGUACCCUGAACAAUAUCGGAGGAAUGCACUUCAACCAGCAUGUCGGUGGAAGCGGGCGGAACAACAACAACAAUUCGGCCUCCUCGGCUUCGUCUUCAGCUUCGUCCAACAAUCGGGGUGCAAUACAACAGCAGCAACAACAACAACUGCCAGGUCAGGGACGACCUCCGCGAGGCGUAGUCGGUCCUGAUCGACAUCACAAUGGUGCUCAAACGCUUAGUACAGCCGUGCGAGGCGUUCCGGACCAUCACCAUCAUCAUCACCACCACCCGCAAGCGGCUCCGCGAAAUCUCCCCGGAGGAGAAUUCGUCCACCCGGGAAGCUUCAACGAUCGGAUAGUUAAUGGCGUCGGUGUCGAUCACACGUCCCAGGACAAUGUGAACAACUUCGACGACAAUAGCAGCUCGGCGAGUUACUACCACAGCAAGAAACGGUCCCGGGAAUCGUCCAGCUCGAGCUACACCGGAUUUAACAACAACGGAAGCGAUCAUGGUCCGCAGAAUCAAGAGCCCGGCAGUUCCUCGCCUACCAUGUCCGCCUCGAACGUUCCCAUCAAUGGGUUGAACGGUGGUGGUGGUGGCGGUGGCAGUAGCUCCGGUGGUUCCUCGAGUGGUGUCUUGCCUGGUAAGAUCGCCCCGGCUGCUACGGCUGGCGGUAGUGAUAGUUCGUCGAUGCUGGUCGCCGAGCAAGGUUUCGUGCGGUUCCGGGCGCUGGAAGAUCCGGCGCUCAGCUCGCGAACCAACAUUAGGGAUAAGAAUAAGCUAUUUAUGAAUUCUUAGAGUUUAGCCGGAUUCCCGGAGCAGCAGCUGUAAAGUUUGUGCAUUUUUUGUCCUCUUUUUCGACUACAGGAUUAAUCUACGGAAACACACACACACAAUCGCACACGUGUCGGCGAGUUUCUACCCUUAAACCUCCCCCCCCCCCGCUCUGAACGUAAAAUAUUCCUUGUCCAUUUUUGGGUAGAUUGUCUCGAUGUAAAUAGUUAGCGCGAAGAAAUGGCAGGAUUAAGGCGAAACAAUUCAGUCAAGUGAUCGAUUUAUUACUAAUUAAUUAAAGAAAAAUAAAAGAAACACAAAAAAGCUACGAUUCUAGGACGUAAGAAAACAAAUUGAUGACAUUUAAAUAGUUGUGUAUAAUAGAAAGAUACAAGGAUUUAAGGAUUUUCUGCUCUCCUCCCCUAUCUAUCUCUUCGCCAAAGGUUCGUUAUCGGGCUCAGCCGCCACCCCGCAAAAAAGGCGGAAACCGUUUUCACCUUUCGUUGUACAUUAUCGAAUUCUUUUCUCUCUCUCCCUUGGCGGAUUCGCUCCGCAUCUGUAUAGUAGGUACUUAUCGCUUUUAAAUCGCUAUCUUGAAGAAAACUUAAAACGAAACGAAAAGAUUGCCAUUUCCCUAUAUAGCCCCAUCCCACCACAGUCCCAUCCACGAAACCUUUUCCCAGCCGUUGAGACACCGUAAUCGCCAGAGUAGCAAGCAGGCCGGAAUUGCAGCCAAUUCUGCAAAACAAAAACGAAACAAAGUGUGCUAUAAUUAGAGAGAGAGCCCUCAUAUGCCCCAUCAGAAGACGAAAAAGAAGAAGAAAAAACGGAAGAAAUAUGCAAUUAGAGCUGACACAAAAAUGUGUGUAUUUGAAACAAACAAAGCAAAAACAACUCACGAACGGACGGAUGGUCGGACGGACGGGCUCACAGACCGACUCCGGAGAAGAGAAGGGGAAAUAUGCAAAAUGCAAAACAGGGAAAGGAGUGUUGUUAGGCAUGAAAUAAGUUGAAAAACACACAGGCAGUACGUACAGUAUAGUAGUUUGGGAGUAGGAAGGGAAGCGCAAAAAGAAAUGCAACCAAUUGUGAUGAUUUAAUCCGUCGCGUUUUGUCUUCAAUGCACGCUACACGCUGCACUACGAGCGUUUACAUUUCAAUUAAAAAACAGAAAGAGAGAGAGAGAAAGCAGCAGCAGCCGUCAUCGUUUUGUCGUCACUGUUUUGAUGUUUUUUGUCCGGUGAAACAAAUAAUAGCAAAAGAAUACAACCAUACACUUAAGUAAGGGAAGAAAUAGUUAAAACUCGGUCUGGAGAUGGAACAGAAAUAAUAAAUAGCAGAUGAUUUCGUGUUAUAGUAUUAUAUGCAACGUUUUGUUUUUAACUGAAGUGACAAUAUUUUAAAUGUUGGGGAUUUUUACGUCUGUUGGUUUUAGGUUUCCGCGAGGGAAAGCGCGCAUGUGCAGAGGCAGUUUUAUUAUUUGUUUUUCCUUUGAAUGACACAGUGGGUGUGCCGUGAGAAGUCCGCAAAAUCUGAUAAACAUUAUCUUGAUGUGCUUCGACACAGCUUCACCUGUUGCAUUGACUGCUUUUGGCCAAGUAAUUUUGAAAGACUGACAUUUUUUUUACCGAACAUGACGUAAUUGUUAAAGUGUUUUUGAUUAAAGCGAAUCAGGUAUGUUAUUAUAAUUCUUAUCACGUGGCUUAAAUCUAAAUAUUACUGAAUAAUUUUACUCGUGGGUCUUGCUAUGGAUCGAAUGACGUUUGCAUAAGAUGAUUGCUUUAAAGGGUGUAACGAUCGAAAAUUGAUCAAACAUAAGUGUGUAUAAAUCAGUCAAACUGUUAAUUUAAAAAAAAAUCAGCAUUCUUUUGCAAGUUAAAUUUACACAGAAUAUAGAAACAAAUCACUCAAACUUCCUUUUUAGCGAAUUCGAAUUUGAGUCCUUCCAUCAAGUUUUGCACAACCUCUAUGCUCAAUUCCCAUGCCGCAGAACACCGGUUGGUUAGUGUUAAGUCAGAUUGGACUAUCGCAAAGUCUGUAAAAAUGCGAUAACGACAGCAGUGGAUAAAGAAUUUCUUAAGAUACAUUCAAAUUUCACCAAAGUUGAAAUAUAUUAAAAUGAUCAAGAAUUAAGAAAAAAAUAUAUAUUUAGAAUUAUAACGUAAAGGAUGCUGGAAUACAAACUUUAAACUAGUCCGGUGUGACGUAACACCGACCAGUUUACCCUGAGCUUCAUCUCGUUGACUUCUUCUUGAGAUUCCACUUGACGAAUGGCCAACAUUUUUCUAUUAAGUGGAGCUCUAGCAUGUUUGAAGGAUUCAUGCCCUUGGGCACCAUCUAGACAAUAUUUGCGGCUUUUUUGCGUAAUGGUAGGAUGCAAAUUCCGGCAAAAAACGGAACAAUUAUGUUGCUUGAGGAAAGGCCACAGUUUUUAAAGACAUUCCUGGACAUAAAUUUCCUGGUUGAUGGUCCCGGUAGCGAUGUAAAUGUAUCUCUACAAGUCACAGGAACAGUUUGCCUGCCACACGAGAUAUUUUUUGUAAACUUUGAUAGCUUAAUGUGUUUGAAAAUCUCUGCCGCUUUUUCUCUUCCAGUUGAAGUAUAAUAUUUCUGGCCAGGAAGCUGCUUAAAGUCUGCAUGAAGUAGGUUUCGUCAUCCUGUAUUACGCAUUCAACCUUCGUCAGCAUCGUCAUGUGCACCUUCUGCGAUCAUUCUCUGGUCAACUAGUUUUGCUUAUCGUCAUGAUUUGGAGUCACUACCGUCUUGUAAGUCGACAGUCCGGAUAGUUUUUAGCUCGAUGUACGGAUGGAGAGAAUGGGGUUCAACUUGAAACAUUUAGUGAUUACUGAAAUUGUUUUGAAAUCUAAACUGCUGACUUGUGUGUAACACAACACUUUGGAACUGCAUUAUUUUGGACUUCGAUUGAAAUGUUAUUGCCAGCAGAUGACGGAAAUUGAUGAUUAACACCAUUAACGCAGGAAGUCAGGCGAACACAAAACACAUUUUUUAAACUCUGAGAACAUUCUUACAAAUUUUCAUGGAGCUCCGACUAAUAGAUCGAAAGAGUUAGUCAUUGUGAUUGGGAAAAAGUGGCGAACCUACCAAAAUGUUGGUGACUUGAGCAAAAAGUGUGUUUUAUUUUUGGCAAUAUUUUAGUACUAUCGGGCAUGUUUACUGUUAUAAAAAUAAAGAAUGGACAGAUUGUAGAUGUCAGAAAAAGACGAUUGAAACAAUAUGAAAAGGGAUAGUCAGUACUUGGUGAAAAUGUGCGAUUAAAACCAUUUUGAAAUUCAUGAUGGCGACUUGCGGUAACCAAAAAAACACUUGAAACCUUCAUCAAAAUGGGUGUUAUUUAAAAAGGGCGGUUGGAAAUCAAUUACUGGAACUAUUUUGAAAUCUAACAUUGCGACUUGUGGUAAAUGCAACACUGCGAAAGUGCAUUAUUUCGGAUGCCAAUUGAAAUGAUGUGGUCAGUAGAUGACGGAAAUUGAUGAUUGACGCCAUUUUGGUGGCUUCCGGCGACCACAGAACAUUUUAACAAAACUCAAAAAUUUUGUAUACACUCAGGUUUUUUACGCGGUUUUUUUUACGCAGAUUUUGAAAUUUAAGCGGUUUUCAUUUAUGCGCCCUGUAUCCGCCGCGUAAAACAACCUGAGUGUAUUUUAUCUGGAAGUAAAACUCCUUAAGAACAUUCUUUCAUGUUUCCAAAGAGCUGGAUCGAAAGGUACAACAUUUGUAAUCGCGCCUAGUUACAGUACUACAAUUAAGCAUAUAAUUGUAAUCUCGAUUAUCUCGAAAUUGCUUUUUUAAAAUUAUGAUUAUGAUUUUGGUGUUAGGAUUUCGGUUUACCUGCUGCACUUCCAUCGGUUUUGUGUUUUGGCGAAAGGCCCAUAACUCCGGCAAUUUUUAUUAUUUUUUUGUAAACCGACACUGGCGUAAGUAAUAGUAAAAAAUCCCACAACUAUUGUCUGGUUGAACCCAUAUAAAAACCAUAUUCUGUUGUAUUUAAGGGCUAAUGAGAGCAUUUUAUGAUGUUUUAAUGGUUGUGGAUUUUCAAAGGGCUGUGUGGUGUUUCAAUGAGAAUUUGCACGGAGAGCUAAAAAUAGUUUGGACGUGCCCAGUUUUCAGUAAAAGUAAAACACAAGUGUUGCUAAUUUUAGUAUUAUUAGAUACCCGGUUAAUAUUAUAGUAGCUUAACGGGUUUGUGUUCUCUCUAUCUCGCGACUGUAGGGUAGCUAGAGCAUAUUCCUAUGAAAGUUUCUCUUUUGAUUCAGUACAGACAUCUUGAUUACAAGUUUUGACACUUUCUUCCAAUCUUUUUAAAACAGUUGAAUGGUUUUUAUUAUCGAAAUAUGUUUCCUAAGAUCCCAAGCAAAUUCUCAUGGGCUCAGACACCAUACAAUCCCUUAAAAAGCUCAAAAAUAUGGUUCAUGCCAAAUAGCGCAACCAUCAACCAACAUAAUAAAAUGGUCGCAAUAAUCCAUAAAUGCACGAAAAUGAUUUUUCAUAUGGGAUCUACCGGACCAUGGUGAUGGUGUAUUCAUUGAUUGAUCCCAUUUACAGCACUAUCAAAAGACAAUGCAGUGGAGGUACCAUUGAACCAUGGUCUUCGUCAAUGCUCAAAAUUCUUCAAAUGGUCGAAUUUGCGAGCACUUAGGAUGGUUCAUAUCUUUUUGAACGAAAGUAACAUUCUCGGUGGCAUACCAUUCUACCGGAAUGACAAGACGCAAGAUAUAAUCAGAAGACAGUAGGCUUCCUUGUGGCUUCUAAUCAUGGGUAGAAGUCGUUUUUGCAAACAUUACUCGAAGUAUAUUUCGCUGUUCAUCGAAGCAGGUGUAAUGAAAAGUUGCGAAAUUUUACCACAGCCACAAAUAACUUGCCAGAUCAUAGCUUUCUCACUAAAUUUAUCGAACUGAAUGGAUGUCUCGGAUUUGUUCAAUACUUGCCCUUCUCGCACCGUAUAAUAUUGUGUUCCCGGCAAGGAUUUGUAGUCGAAUUUCUCGUAGGUUUCGUCGUCCAUGAUUAUACAGUUCGAAUUGUCGUCAGGCAUCCGUUCGUACAGUUUUCGCUACCUGGGAUUGAUCGAUUCUUAUUGAUUCGGACUGCUUUUACUACAGACAGGUUCGAAGUUUCAUGUAUUCUUCAGGAUAUACGUUCAAUAUACGUUGAUGUAGUCGAGGAGGAACUUUUUUUUCAACCUGUUUUCGAAUUAUGUUAAUUAUUGCGAAAUGGCAGCGGUUUAUAACUAUGCACACUUUCUGGGACAGUGUUUUAUUGAAGGACAUGUAGAAGCUCGACUGGGACAAGACAGAAUAAUAAAGUAUCAAAGCCGAAUGAAGGGAACUCAUUUUGAUCUGAUCUCACAUUGAGCUAUUCAAUAAAUUUUACUCAUUUUUGAGUAAAAGUGCUUUUGGUUGUUCUCAGUCGCUGAGGGUAAACAUGUAAGUCAUUCUAUUGGUAAAUAGCGCUAGAAGCAAGUGAUCAUUUAAAAUAAUUGAACAACUUGCUUCUCUAGGAAUAAACUUGAUCCAAAGGAUUCCAAACAUGUGAAGUUUUGUAACAAAGAACAUUGGAAAUAAAGGGGUGCAUCUUAAAAUCGAAAUAAACGCCUGUAAAAUAAGGACAGUUGACCACCCGUUGCAAAUGACACCCAUUUUGAUGAAGUUUUGUAAUGUUUUGUGGUAGCCAGAAGUCGCCAUCUUGGUUUUCAAAAUGGCUUCAGUCAUCACCUACCGUCAUCUACUGACCACCGUCUUUUGAACGAUAUUUCGAAGUGCAAUUGAUGCAAUUUCAAAGAGAUUUAUAGUAACCGGAAGCCACCAUAUUGGACUCCAUCUCCUAAACACUUACAUUCAAAAAACACAUAUUAUUACAUAAUGCUUCAGGUGGGCAUUUUGCGUGUUCUGAGGGUUUUCCGUAGACUGGAUCACCAACAUACCAACCCUAGGCCUUUUCAGUAAUGUCAGGAAGAAAAAUCGUGUUGCUUUAGGAAAGGCGUUUUCUGAGACACUCGUUCACGUAAAUUUCCAAGUUGACGACGGCCCUGGUUGCAACGAAAAUGUCGCUUUUCAAACCACAAGUAGAAAUAGCCUGCCAAAUCAGAUAUUUCUUAGCGAGCUUUGACAGAUUCGUAUGCAAGACGGGGCUAGUGGUUAUGUGGCAAGCGUGACUGUUUCUCACUCCAGUGGUUCUACUUUCAAUUCUGCGGAGAUCGUUGAGAUUUUCUGAGGCAUCUUCCUUCGGAAGGGAAGCAAAACCGUCAGUCCCAGUCCAUGUGUGGAUGGGCCGAUAUCUAAAGUGCAGAUGGUAAAGUCGCCUCUCUGGUGUCGGUGAUAGGCACUCAGCGCGGACAAUAAAUAUAAAUAAAACUUUUCAUAUGCUUGAAAAUGAUUACCAUCUUUCCCCUUCCGGUUGCAGUGCAAAACUCCUGCCCAUGAAGCGGUUUGAAGUAUGCUUAGACGUAGAUUUCGUCUUCCAUUCGCCAUCGAACUUAAUGAAAGUUGUUGUGUAAAACUUCUGAGAUCGUGUUUUGAUCCUCUCGAUUUGAAGUCAUUACCUUCCUCUACAUCGACAGUUCGGCUAGUUAGUUUUAGCUGGAAGUAUGGUUGUAGACGACAUUGCUUGCGACAUCUCGGACAAAGAGGUUAAGGUUCUGCUAGGAAAACGCUAGUCACUCUUUUUAUUGUCUUUUUCCCCGCUCUAAUAUUCCUGGAAAACGUUACUGGACUCUUUCAUUACGUUGUUGACAACUGAUUUGGUCACUUGUAAAGUGUUUUGCUUAGAUGCCAUUUUGAUGUCUGAAGUGUGAAAAUCAAAAUAGAGCCUUCGUUCCGCUACUGUUACCGUUUAGUAUACGGAGUGGACAAACAGGACCUUAGAGCUUUUAAUUCAGCCAGACCAGAUAAAAUAAUCUUCUCUUUGCUCCUUAGGUCGCUUCUAGGCAGACACUAUCGGGAACAGGUAUCAAUCACGGGCCCUCACAGUCACGUCUCCUAUUAAUUAGAAGGAAACAUACCUCCGCUUGAAAGACUAACAGUGUAGAACCUAUAGUAAGAUCUGCAUCCCUCUGCUCCUACACCAUAGCCUCGUUUCAAGCCAUCACUAUGAUAUUCUAAGACGCCUUCCGGUAUUGGAUGGCCACCGUUCAUCUAUCCCGUUUGAUCAGGUAUGACAACCUCGAAUAGAAGAUCAACGACCUCUGUCUAAUCGGUACCUUCUGUUUCCAUGUAACAGUUCCGAUACAAUGUCCACGAUUUUGGAGUGCCCCGUACAAUCACCCGGUAAAUACUGCUAGAGAUUAUGUAUCCGUAAGACAUUACGUGUUUGCCUCCUCUUUAAUAUGGACAUGUAAUAGUGCUAGAAUUAACAUUGAUUCCAGGGCAAUUAUUGCAGUCGAUUUCAUUUCCCUUGUGAUUGCCAGACAAGCCACUCUGAACCUUUCAUAGUUGCAAACAUGCCUUUUUGCUUUCCACUUUUAACCACCAAACCAUUGAAGUAUAUGUAACCACUAGUCUAAAAACAGAAGUGUAAAGCCAGUGCGUCAUUUUUGGUUUCAAGCCCCAUUUUUCCAUGCAGAGUAUUUUAAAGCUUUAUCCAUAGUUCCUUUAAUAUGCUUUUUUUCGAUUAUAAAGGUUUUAAUCUAAGGGCGAUUCGCUUCCUUUUCGAGUUAGCCACAUUUCUAACCUUAUAUGUGUGCUAGCAGUUUGACUUUCCUGUUUCUUGUAAAUUGAAGUGGUGUUUUUGGAGGAUUUGGUCUAGAUUUUCUCAUUUCCAUUAUUGCAAUCGGCCUUAUUCUGCGCGGCGUGUGACGUGGGGUGACUAAACUCACCUCACUUUACGUGACUUUUUUCGCUCGAUUCUGAGAGUCGACUCGGGUGAGGUGAGAUUUUUUUUUUAUUUCGAUUAUAGAGGUUUUAACCUUAGGGUCAUUCGCCUCUUCGGGUUAGGAAAGUCUCUUAUGAGAAAUUUCUAACCCUGUGUGCGGGGUCGGGACUCGAACCCAGGUGCGCUGCGUACAAGGCAAUCGAUUUACCAACUACGCUACGCCCACCCUCGGAGGUGAGAUUCUUCAUUGCGGUUAAAUGGGCGUCUCACGUCACCCGAAGUGACUCUUCAUGAAUUGGGUGAGAAAAGUCACGUAGAGUGAGGUGAGAUUAGUCGUCUCACGUCACACGCCGCGCAGAAUAGGGCCGAAUGUCACGCUUAAAGCAGUUUGAGUAUGGCCUGAAAUUAUAGAUUCAUCCUUACCCGUAACAGUGAUGGAAAUGUCGUCUCGAUGUCCAAACCUUCCAGUUCGUUGAGAAGUUAAUUAUGACGAACCACAUACGAAGGUGACAGCAAUCCUCCUUGAGGACAGCCUCUAGUGGUUUAUAUGCUAAUGGUUUCGUCUACAAACGACGCUGCCACAGUCCAGCAACACAACAUUUCAUUAAUUCAUUCGACAGUGGACCGUUCUAUCCCCUUAGCUUCAAAUAUUUACGCCACUCAUAAGAGCAUGUUCUGUCGUAUCAGGUACCUUUUUCGAAGUUUUUAUCAAUUUCCUAGCAGAUCCGUGCUAGGUAUUCAAUGUCAACCGAUCCUCGAACCUUUAUAGUACUCUUGCGCCGGUUGAAUUACAGAUUUUCACAAUUUCUCCCAAGAUACAAUUGGACAGUUUCAGAUUUUCUAUGAGCGCACAAAAUUUUUCCAGGCGUCUGCAAUGUGGACAAUUUCUUCCAUUUUUUCAUAUGCAUACGUAUUUGCUAACAGGUUCGUUGGUCCUAGUGUUCAUCGGGAAUUGUGAUAUCUUCACCCACACAGUAUGGUUCUGUGUCAUAUGCAAACUAUUUAUGCAUAGCAGAUCAGAAGAUGUAAUUUGGUGGUCCUUUUAGUCUCAUAAGUUUGGAUAUAUUACUGUCCUAAAAGAUCAAUAAUAAUAAAAACGUCUUUCCAAUAGUUUUCCUCUUGAAAAUGAAAAAAGGCUGAGUCAUUAGUUCACAAUAAUAAUCUGCACCACACAAUUCAACAACCCUUAUGCCCCUAAAGAAGACACCUAUUGGUUUACUUCCGUCUUCACCUUAAAAAUUCAAAGGAUAUAAACAAUACACUUCAAAGAGAAACUGUUCUAGAUUUGGUUAUUUUCUGUCAAUUGGGAAAAAAAUUACAGCUAUUUGUAAGUGUUGGAAUAAGUUUAUGUUCAACCUUUACAGAUCAUUUACCGUAGUAGUUUUUAAAUUUGCCUAAUUUUCCACAUUCACUUAAACGGCAACACUUGUCAAACGUCAUCCGGCACUCCCUCAGUAUGCAAAUCUUUUGCACAAAAGCUGCAAACCUCUUAAUUUGAAACCGUUGCGUUAUCAGUGCCAGUGCCAUAGUAGAACAAUUUAACCGAAAUUGCACCAAAUCGAUCGCAAACUAAACUACUGUUCCUGAAAACUUCCUCAAGAAACUACUUUUCGCGGUUAUUUGACCAUAUCUCCCGCCAAGCCUACUGUGUACAACUAACGAAAACAACGCAUUUAUCUCCUCCCGGUUCAGAUGACUCUGCACAUGUAGCUACAACAAAACAUGAACAAAAGCUAGUCUACCUUAAUAUUCUUUUAGUGUUUUAAUUUUCGUUGAAAACUGCCACCAUUCUUCAUCCAUCCAUUCACAUAGUCUAAUUGCGUCCUCUUGUUCCUCUUCUCUGCAUGCAAAUAAAAUCACAUCAAAACUCUUACCGCUGUGUACUAUUAGUAAACAAAAAAAAACGAAAUACGAGUAAAAGAAAACACUUACUACUUACUAAAAGCAGCUUCAUUUACGAAGAAAAAAUCACAUCACGUCCCGUAUAUUGUGUAUCAUAGAAAAAAAAGAUGAACAAACCAACAAGUCUGUGUAAUUGCGAGAACAAGAGUCAGCAAACUGAUUAUUUUUUAAGUCAAACAAGAAAAACAAGGAAACAUUAAACUGUUCAAAUAAAAAAGUACUAGUAAAUAUAAAAAAAAAAAAAACAAAACACGAAACAAAUCAAUUCUCUCCUCUCUCUAUAGGCGCACCAUCGCCGCCGUUUUCCCCUUCUGUUAGGUCUUUCAACACAAUAAAAAACCGAAUCCUGUUGUACAUUUUCCCGCCUGUCUCCUUAACCGCUCAUCACCCCACCACCACCACCAAUCCCUGCCCGACAAGCAAAGAAUACAAACAGUCCUCUCUUAGUCGUAAGCGGAUGAAGAAAAAAAAACUGACCUUAAUAAUAAAUAACAAAUUGCUAGUUGAUCGCGGUGUACCAACAAAACGAGAGAAGAAAAUUAAAUUAGAAAAUAAUAAGUCAGACACACACAGCUGAAUAUAAUGAAAUUAUAAAUAUUUAAAACAAACAAAUGAAAACAAACAAGGAAACAACGCUGAUUAGGCGAAAUUUACUGAAAAAAAAACACACACAAAAGCGAAGGAAACUCGUUUCUCUAUAUUAACGCUCUGUUGUAAAAAGUCGGAAAAAUUUUCCCCCGUUCCCUUAAAAAAAAUCCCUAUUUACUACCAGUUUCGUUCCGUUUGCCUUCUCCUUCUCGUAACAAGAAUAGAUUGAUUGAAUGAAAUGCGAAAGCAAGAAAAACAAAUGAAGAUCUGUCAAAGCAGACGGAUGCCACUUGUUGUCGCGGUGGAAGAAAGGUGAGGUAUAAGAAACAGAAAAAACACCCCCUUUGCUAAGUAAGUUAUUGGAACAAGUGAGAACCCGAGCGGCAGCAAACGCAAAAAAAAUAUUAUUUUAUAUAUAUUAUAUAAAUAAUAUUCUCUAUAAAUACUGAAACAGAAAACAAGAAAAAACAAAAAACCCUAUGUAAUUGCAAAUAAUUGAAAAGUAUAUACUCAGUAAAAUAAAAAGUGAAAAAUUAAAAA